AGUUCUGAACCACUACAACACUUCUGCAGCAUUUUAAAGAAAAAGAACAAUGGGUGACAAUACGGUGCGUUUUGGCCUUCUCGGAUGCAUCAGAUUCGCGUCAAAAUUCGUUAGAACAGUAACCCAAUCCUCUAACGCCGUCAUCAUCGCCAUCAGCGAUCCGUCUAUCGAAACCGCGAAUACCUUCGCCGCCGCUAACAACUUAUCGCCGGAGACCGUCUCCGUGUACGGAAGCUACGAGGAGCUUCUCGACGACCCACGCGUUGACGCCGUUUACCUGACGAUGCCGGUGACUCAGCGCGCGAAAUGGGCGGUGACGGCUGCGGGGAAGAAAAAGCAUCUUCUGGUUGAGAAACCGCCGGCUCAGAACGCGGCGGAGAUUGAUACGAUCGUGGAGGCGUGUGAAUCAAACGGCGUGCAAUUCAUGGACGGUACGAUCUGGUUGCAUCAUAAACGGACGGUCAAGAUAAGAGAAACGAUGUUUGAUUCUGGAUUGCUUGGAGAUGUUCGCCACAUGUACAGCACGAUGACGACUCUAGUACCAGAGCAAGUACUGGAGAGACUAACCAAAGAGGCGAUGGGAUUAGCUGGAGCCAUCGGAGAGCUUGGUUGGUAUCCUAUAGGAGCAGCUCUAUGGGCUAUGUCUUACCAGAUGCCAGUAUCUGUCAAGGCUCUUCCUUCCUCCGUCGCCACAAACUCUGUUGGGACCAUCUUGUCCUGCUCUGCUUCUCUUCAGUUUGGUUCAACCGCAACCGCAACUGCAAUCGUCCACUGCUCUUUUCUCUCCCAGCUCUCGACUGAUUUAGCUAUCUCAGGAUCAAAAGGGUCGACUCAUAUGAAUGACUAUGUGAUCCCUUACAAGGAGGACACAGCUUGGUUCGAGUACACAAGUGGCGCUAAGUUCGUGGACAUGCACAUUGGUUGGAACGUGAUGCCGGAGAAAGUCACGGUGGACUGCAGCGGAACUGAGGAGUCGCAGGAGGCAACGAUGCUGAGAGAGUUUGUGAGGCUUGUCCAAGGAAUCAAGCGGGGUGAUUCUGAGGCUGAUCCAAAGUGGCCAGAGAUCAGUAGGAAGACGCAGUUGGUGGUUGAUGCUGUGAAGAAAUCUGUUGAUAUUGGUUGUGAAGUGGUUUAUCUCUAAUUCUUGUGUGUUGAGAUAAUGUGAUAAUUCGAUUAUGAUAUAUAUUAGUAUAAUUGACAAAUUUACUAUUAUAUUGUGAUAAAUCUUUCUCAAAAUCCAAAUCUUGAACGC